AUGAUAUCCAUUGUAGGGAUCAACUAUGUAGACUAUGAUAAGGCCAUUAUCACGAAGGGUAAUAAAGCAUUCUCUUAUGAACCAUAUUAUCACAUUCAUGCUAAGUUUCUGGCUACCAAUCUGAGGGACAAUAAACCCCAAGUCCAGUAUGGUCACUAUUCUUUGGAGAUCUUCCGCGCUUCUCGCCUGGUAGUUGACACAGGUCUACACGCCCUCGGCUGGACCCGUCAGGAGGCCGUCGACUACCUGAUUAACCACACAGCCAUGACUACUGUAAAAGUGGAGAAUGAGGUGGACCGGUACAUUACUAUGCCGGGCCAGGCGCUGGCUUACAAGGUGGGGCAACUCAAGCUAAUGGACUUGAGGUACAAGGCCGCCAGUGUAUUAGGCGACGAGUUUGACAUUAAGAAGUUCCAUGAUGUUGUACUGGACUCUGUCGGACCUCUGGACCUGGUGGAGGACGAGGUCAACGCUUGGGUUAAUGCUGGAGGAAAGAAACUUGAUGUGGUGAGAGUAAUACAAUGUAUAAAGUUAUGGUCUUGUUAAUAUUACAUCAUCCAUAAUCUGAAGUAAAUAAAAUGUGAUCAUC